AUGCAAAAUACAGUAAUACGUGCAAUAUUUGUCGCAAUAAAUGGUUUAAUAUUUAUCGGAUCGAUAAUUCUUAAUCUCUUAGCUAUUGUUUAUAUAUUAUCAACACGAGAUAAAACAACAAUAUCCAUACUCGUGGUUAAUUUAGCUAUAGCUGAUAUUAUUCAUGCUAUGGGUAUUAUUUUCUUCAGUAGUAAUUUAUUUACACGUAGUUGGAUAUUCGGUGAAUUCGGAUGCAAAUUCAGUUUAACUACGGAUGUUCUUUGUACAGUGGUUAUUGUUUAUACAGUUGCAGCUUUAAGUAUCGAACGUUACAUAGAUGCACGUUCAACAUUAACAGCAAAAUUUCGUUCAUUAGUUACAUUUGCAUCAUUAGUUCUUAUAUGGACACUUGGUCUUUUAGUGUCAUAUCCAUUUAUUUUUUAUACUUUUCUGCUUGAUACAAGUAGUAAUACAACAAAAAAUUCCACAGCAACAGCAACAACAGCAACAUAUUCAUGUCAAUCACAUUUAACUGAGAGAGAAUUACUUGUUCAUGAAAUAGUUCUUUAUGUCAUUGCUUUUUUAAUACCAUAUUCAAUAAUUGUUUUAUUUUCGUUGAAAUUACUUAAAUUUUUACGUUCAUGGUUAAAACGUAAAGAAAAAUUGACACGUACAAGUGUGUCAAGAAAACGAACACGUGGUGUUAAACUUGUUUUAUGUAUUGUUUUAUCAUUUCUUAUAUGUUAUACACCAUUUUGGGCAUUUAAAUUUUAUACACGUUUUAUUGUUGAUGAAAAUGUUGUACAACGACCAAUAUUACAACGUAUUUUAUCAUAUGUACAUUUACUUGUUGUUUUACUUAAUCAUUUUGAAAGUGUACUUAAUCCACUAUUUUUUAUUGUAUUAACUGAACGUUUUUGUAUAACAUUUUCAAAACAUCGAGAAAGACAUUCAAGAUUAUUUGGACCAUCAUCAGCUAUUUUAUUAGCUGGAGGAAAAAAAUCUACUAAAACAGCAACAUCAACAUUAACAUCAAUAGCAAGAAAUACAGAAACAAAUAGUCUUUUAACAUUUCAUAAUAAUCAUGUGGACAUUAAACAUAAAUUACCUAUUGUUGUUCAAUCUUUGUAA